AUGUUUGAUUUACUUUUGCCUUUCAUUCAUGUCAUUUCUAGAUAUCAAUUUUCUUAUUCGUCCAAAGUUCAAUCAAUAAUAAAAAAAUAUUUAUUGUAAAUUUUAUUAUAGCAAAUGAACGUGACGCCAAGAGUUUGUAAAUCACAUGCAAUUUUUCGUCGUGGUAUAGUGAACUAUCUAUCUCGACCUUAUUUAAACCUGAACAUUUUUACGAAGAUGGUUCGAAGUUCUCUGCAAUCUCUCACCAGUUUAAGGAAGCAAAAAGACAAAGUAGGAUCUUUAACUCAAGAUCCAGGGAAUGAAUUGAAGUUAAAGAUGUACGCCGUUUUUAAGCAGGGCUCUUUAGGCAAAUGUAAUACACCAAAGCCUGGGACUUUGGACUUUGUUGGAAAGGCAAAAUGGAAUGCAUGGAACGAUUUGGGUGAUUUAUCACAGGUAGAUGCACAAAAACAGUAUAUAGCACUUGUGGAAUCUUUACUAGGACAAGAACCCAAGACCAACAGCCAACCCAACAAAGACAUUAAUACAUCAAAUGAGUUUGAAAAUAUUCUUGUCUCUACUGAUGGCGGUUUGAGGACAAUCACAAUGAACAGGCCUGAUAAAUACAAUGCUUUGACCCCAAAGUUUUGUCAACGCCACAAACGAAGAAUAAUGUUUACGAAGCUGAAAGCCACAUGUUUUUGAGGAAGCAGCCGUUGGCAAUGAACUUUUAACAUGCAAUUGGCAUAGAAGAAAGCGAUCCGUUUUCAAACUGUGAAUUUGUUAGUUUAUGGAAAGUAUUUGUGGUUUUCAUAUGCAUCAUGCUGAUGGACUCCUUACAAAAUAAUAUCAUUGGAUUCCCUUUGCUGUUAGGCGACAUGGUGGAUGCCCUUUCUUUGUUUGUUAUUCCCUUAAGACACACUUGAAAACCAAGAAUUGCUGUUUUCAAAAUUAUAAUUA